CUAGUCAGUUCUGUGUUUGCUGUUGUUACAGUAGUUUGUUGUUAAAACCUUUCUCAGGAUCGCACAGUUUCUCUCCGCUGAAGCAGCGAUGGCAAGUCACGUCAAGAGCGAUGAAUCCGGGUCUGUGGAGAAGGACAGCGCUUUAGCGGGACAGACAGUCAGAGAGAACGUAACAGAAACUGAUAGCAUUAAUCAAAGUGUAUUCAGUCUGGAUCCUAAUGAGGAGUAUAAGAUGGACCACAAGAAGCGAGGAAUGGCUCUGAUCUUUAACCAUGAAAAUUUUUACUGGCAGCUCAUGUUGAACAGCCGCUCUGGCACAAAUGCAGACAGGCAGAACCUUGUUAGAAGAUUUCAGGAGCUGGGUUUUGAAGUGAAGGCUUGUGAUGAUUACAAACGGGAAGAAGUUUUAUCCACAAUCGGAGAAGCUGCUGCUGCGAACCAUGUAGAUGCAGACUGUUUUGUCUGUGUCUUUUUAAGUCAUGGGGAAAAUGGUCACAUCUUUGCCAAUGAUGGGCAGAUCCAAAUUCAAGAAAUCACUGAUUUGUUCAAGGGGAAUAAAUGCCGUAGCCUUGUAGGGAAACCCAAGAUCUUCAUCUUGCAGGCUUGUCGUGGGGACAAACAUGAUGAUGCUGUGACACCAAUGGAUGUGGUGGACAGUCAGACGGACAUUGAAGUGUUUGUGGAUGCGGGGGCGCUCUGCACCCUUCCAGCAGGAGCAGAUUUCCUCAUGUGCUAUUCAGUAGCUGAAGGAUAUUACUCUCAUCGUGAGACGGUGAAUGGCUCAUGGUAUAUCCAGGAUCUGUGUGAAAUCCUGAGGCGUUAUGGAUCUACACUGGAGUUCACUGAUAUCCUGACACUUGUUAACAGGAAGGUUUCCAAUCGCAGUGUAGAAAACUGCAAGGAUCGCUCUGCUUUAGGCAAAAAACAAGUGCCUUGCUUUGCGUCCAUGCUUACAAAGAAGCUAUUUUUCAGGUCUAAGAAAUAAUGUGUUAGGGCCUUAUUGCAGGUAAAAAUUCAGGGAUUAUUUUAUUUGACUUUAUGUUGUGCUCCUAAAUAUACAUAAUUUUCAAAAUGGAAAUCAUGCCGGUUUGCAUGUUGUAGCCUGGAGGUUUGACAAGCUCAGGGUUACAGUGCAAAUAGUU